GGUAAAAUUUGCUGCUGUUUGUCGGCGGGGCCAUGCGAUCAUCUCAAGCGGGUUCAGCUACUUGCAUGUGCCAUCCCACCCGCCCUGAUACAGUCCUGGACCGACUGUAGCAUUUCCAGUGUCAUUCACGAGAAUUUACGUCGGAAUUCCCUCUAAUCUACUUCAUCUGGUCCUCUUAUCUGUUGCUAAUGUCAAGGCGCAGUCACAAUAGCUACGCGCAUGAGAAGCGAUUAUCCAAGUAUCGGGUCACGGAUGAUGAGCUAUUCAAUUAUGUUUUACGUGUAUCAUUCUUGAGUUAUCUGUUGAUUCCCAAGACAACCGAAACAACCAGCAAUGUAGCUUCGGAAUCUAAGGAGCGCGAACACAUAUCAAGACUUUCUGCUUUAUCCAACUUUUCCAUAGGCGAUAUAUUCAAGGACAUCCGAGAUGGGCCAAAGAGUGUCAAGUUUCCGGAGAAGCUGUUGAAAGUGCUGGAGCAAAAACUUCAGGACAUUGCAAUGGGGAAGGAUGCUGGCUAUUCUGACCAACUUGUGCGGAGAACAAUGGCCAAAUUCUACGGAAUGUUCAUGGUCGACAGUUUCAAGCGUCAGAUGAAGGAAAACCGCAAAAUCGAGGAACUUAUCCUCAUGUUCGCCACGCAUGCUACCGGGGUUCUCAAGAAGGAGCCAACUCUUGCCGGCGAAGGCUGGAAGCUGGAACUAAACAACCAAAUCGCCCUCUUCAUCAAAUUGCUCCGGGAGUGCCUCAAAAAUUUGAGCCACGUAACACCAGAGCUGCUUUCGCGACUGGAUAUUUAUACAGCCAAGCUCGCACCUGCUCAGUCGACGAGCGACUCUGGAUACGAAUCAUCCUCGACCUCUCGGGAUCGCGAUUCAACAUUCUCACUGUCAGUCAGCAGCAAUGUAGCAGACAUGGAUUUAGUCCGUAUCGUCGCUGGUCUGUUUAAAGUAUCAGAGUCUGCAGUGCAGCAGGAGAUUGAUCAGAUGAAGAGCAUAUGUACAGACAAAGCCGCCCUCACAGACCUUAAGACAUGUCUCAAGAACAUCAAUGCCGGAGCGCCCUUUCCAGGACGAAGAGAAGAUUUCGACUCAGAUGCUGCCUGGCAGCACUGGAAGACAUUGGAGACCACCCAUCUACAGCAGACGAUGGUGGCAAUGGUCCAAUACAACCCAGAACUUGCGAAGUCGACCCCAUCAGACGUUUCACCUCCUACAAGGCGACCUGGAUCUGUAUAUGCGCCCCUGGAUACCCCUACUGCUGCAUCUCGGACUCCUUCGAUAAGUAGCCGACGCUCUUUGUAUGACGCGCUCAACAAUGGAGACUUCAAUGGAGAUGCUACCGACAUAGAUGACGAUGAUAUUCAGGUCGGCCAUCACUUUACGUACAUUCCCCCCAAUCCGAGGCGAUUUUACAAGAGGCUGUUGGAAAUAUGCUUAAUAGCGGACCUUGAGGUUAUGCUCAGUCCUGAGGUGGACGAUAACGACGAAGUCUCGCUAGGCAUCCUCUCUGCACCACAUAUCGAUCUUUUGAACGAAUGCGCGGUUCGGUGGAGGAUUGGACAUUCUUAUCGAGCAGCGUGUUUCCUUGAUCUAGUCCGGCAGUUCUAUGAACGUGGCGAUGUUCCGUUAGAGUGUAUACCGGAAGGUCUGCAGAACAUUGCAAAAGCUAUGAAUGACUUGGACUUGGAAAAGUGGCCGACACAGGAUACUGAAUAUCUAUCAAGUAUCUAUGGGAGCUUGUUCAACAUUUUCUUGUCGUCGCUGUACCAUGCCAUGGACGAUCUUGUGAAGCUCAAACCAGCAGACAUAGAGCCAUAUCUGUCCGUGCUUGAACAGGUGCGGGACAGCGGACUACUCGAGCGGUUUGACGUAGACAUCAAUGUCCGGUUAUCUGACGUUCAAGAGCGAAUACGACAGGUGGCUGGUGAGUUCUAUGAAAGGAAGAUGCAUGAGUUGAGCUCUGCGCCCGGGGUCAACCGUGCACUUCCAUUGUUAUUGAUGACGGAUGAGAUUGAGAAGUCAGCUAAGCUUCUGGAUAAGCGAUUCCCUGAGCCUAUAUUAGGGCAACUCGAUUUGGUAUCGUUGAUGGUUGAAAUACAAAUACCGCGUUUCGUCGCAGAUUUGAACAAUUCCCAGAAGCGGCUGUUCGAGUCUUCUAUGAAUGGGCCGACGCCGGACGUUCCGAUACAAGACAUUUUUGCGUUGUAUCGACGGACGAAGACGCUUCUAGGGAUGUUUGCUGCGUUCUGUCCAUCGGGACAAAUAGAGUUCGACAUAAAUAUGUUCUUUGAGCCUUAUGUGCGGCAAUGGCUCUUGAACACCGAUAGUAAAACCGGCAAUUGGGUUGAAGCAGCAAUCGCCGCAGAUAGGUUUGAAGCGGAGGAUGCAGAAGGACAUAGUUCUUCGAUUGUCGACUUGUUUGAUUCCCUACGAAGCCCUAUAAACUUCCUGCAAGAUCUGGAGUGGGAAGAUGAUUAUCAGGGCGCACGAUUCUUCACGGCGCUAUCCAAGACUAUUUCCAAAGCCGUCGAACAGUACUGUCGAAGCGUGGAAAGCCUCUUUUUGGCAGAGAUGUUCCCGCGUCCUAGUGACUACCUGCAACCUCAAAGAUCUUCAGCCUGGCUGGAGAGAGCGCGACAGCUUGCCAUCACAGGAGAGAAGAGGGUUGAACCUUUCAACUUCCAGCCUCAAUCGUGUGUCAAGUUGAACAAUGUCGAGGCUGCUCGGCGAUUGUUGGACAAUAUGUACAACCAGAUGGAGGCGGACAAGCUUGCUGAUGUUAUCAUGAACAGUGCUCCUCCAGUGCCUGAAAAGGUGGAACGGGAACGAUUCUUGUUCACUGUCAAGGUUGUGAUUGCAGAGGGUCUUGUCCCGCUAGAAUCGAGUCCUACGUCGAAGCUUGACACUUUUAUCACACUGAGCGACGAAGCGGGAAAUCGGCUAGCGAAAACACGGACGAUUUAUGAGACGACGAAUCCGCGUUGGGAUGAGACUUUUGAUAUAUCCGUGGACAAGGCUCUGUGGCUGAUGGUCAGCGUGCGGGAUCGUGCGCUAGUGGGGAGGCAUGACACUGUUGGACGAGCGUAUUUGUGCCUCGAUCCUCGGCGGUUUGGAGACUUUUUGACGCACGACCUUUGGAUGGACCUGGAUACUCAAGGACGGAUAUUGGUCCGAGUUAGUAUGGAAGGCGAGAAGGACGAUAUACAAUUUUACUUCGGGCGCGCGUUCCGUUCUUUAAAGCGGGCUGAAGCAGAUAUGCUCCGCAUUUUCAUCGAUAAGAUGUCACCAUUUAUCCGACAAUGUCUUUCGCGGAGCGUGGUGAAGACGCUGAUGAAAGGUGGUAAUCUUGGGUUGGAUUACAAUCGUGCUCUGGGUAAUGUCACAGCACUGUACCGGUCUGCGAUUGGGACGGCUGGGAGUGAUGUGCAGAUACCUCUUCCCAGCGCCGAGAAGCCUCGAGUGAGGCCAGAGGAGUUGACGGAUGUGGAGAUUGAACAGGCUAUAUUGCCUCUGUUCGACUACUUUGAUGCGAACUUGCAGACGCUUAAUACGUAUCUGAGUGAUACGGCGAAGGAGAAGGUCAUGACACGUGUUUGGAAGGAAAUUCUGAAUGUUAUCGAGGGGCUGCUCAUUCCACCGCUAUCCGAAGUAUCGAGCGACAUGAAGCCUCUCAGUGACAAAGAGGUUGAUAUUGUCUUCAAGUGGCUGAAAUUCCUACGAGACUACUUCUAUGCUGGAGGUGAAGGACCCGUUCCUCUGGAGGCGCUUCAAAACCAAAAGUACCGAGACGUCGUUUCCAUACGGCUGUAUUAUGAUUGGCAUACGGACGCGUUGAUGGAGGAAUGUGUUCGGAUGAUGCAACAGAGCUUGAGCUCUAGUCCUACGAUGAAAAGACGAGCAAAGAGCGUAUAUUCUCAACGGAAUCUUGGGACGAUCAAGGAGCGUAAGAAGGAAAAACGACAGGAGAAGGAGGUCUCGAAUGGAGAGACGAUUUUGCAGAUCUUACGAAUGAGACCGGGCACCUCAGAGUUUAUCGCUCAGCAGCUUCAGAUCAUGUCACAGAUGCAAGCCGAACAAGAGCAACGGGCCAAGGAGAUGGAGCAGCGGAGGUUGAAGAGGCCUUCGCAACGAGCUCCUCCUGUGCCGCCGUUACCGUCGUGAAGUGGGGAUUUAUUGUACUGACUUUUAUAUACCUUACACCUAUACCGCCUGCAUGUUUCCUUUCUGUCUGUACAUACACAUAUACAUGGGACAUUUGUAUUUGAGAAGAUACAUGGACUUGGAAGUUG